AUGGACGAGCAAGGACUGGGCCCUGGCUGUCCUGGCACACUUACAGACCGCAGACUGGGUUCACCAACGGUGUGGAUCUCCGACAGAGACCCGAAGUUCAUCCGUGGGUUCUCGAAAUCGAUGUUUAACGCGCUGCGUGUCACUCUGUUUUUCACCACGGCCUAUCACGCACAGGCUGAUGGACAGAGCUUUAUCUUAGCCAUGUAUCAGCAGUACUGA